GUACGCCGCGCCCUUCCGGCAGCGCCGCCGCUCCUGCGCCGCUCGGAGAGGCUGUCCCACCGCCCGCUCCGCUCGGAUCCCGCCGUACAGCCCGGGAGAGGCUGUCCCACCGCCCGCUCCGCUCGGAUCCCGCCGUACAGCCCGGGAGAGGCUGUCCCACCGCCCGCUCCGCUCGGAUCCCGCCGCACAGCCCGGGAGAGGCUGUCCCACCGCCCGCUCCGCUCGGAUCCCGCCGUACAGCCCGGGAGAGGCUGUCCCACCGCCCGCUCCGCUCGGAUCCCGCCGUACAGCCCGGGAGAGGCUGUCCCACCGCCCGCUCCGCUCGGAUCCCGCCGCACAGCCCGGGAGAGGCUGUCCCACCGCCCGCUCCGCUCGGAUCCCGCCGCACAGCCCGGGAGAGGCUGUCCCACCGCCCGCUCCGCUCGGAUCCCGCCGCACAGCCCGGGAGAGGCUGUCCCAGCACCUGCUCCGCUCGGAUCCCGCCGUACAGCCCGGGAGAGGCUGUCCCACCGCCCGCUCCGCUCGGAUCCGGCCGCAGAGUCCCGGGAGAGGCUGUCCCAGCACCUGCUCCGCUCGGAUCCGGCCGCAGAGUCCCGGGAGAGGCUGUCCCAGCACCUGCUCCGCUCGGAUCCCGCCGCAGAGUCCCGGGAGAGGCUGCUCCGUGAGCCGUUCCGCCCGGUCCCGCCGGGACAGACCCCGGCCAUGUUCGCGUUUCUGGUAGUGCUGUGUCAACUGCAUGUGGUGAUGUUCGCGUUUCCUCACUGCCCCGGGAGAUUAAAUACCUUGAAGCAACCUGAAUGGAAAGAUGUGUUCACAUCUGCAAGGGAGGCCAAUUUAUUCAUUGGACGACAUCUUCUGAACAAUAGAUUUGAUUUUGAAGCAUUCACAGCUGAUAACCUAGAAAGGGAAUGCUAUGAAGAACUGUGCAAUUAUGAAGAAGCAAGAGAAAUUUUUGAAGACCCUGAUAAAACGAUGGAUUUUUGGAAAGACUAUUCAACUAAAGGCCCUAAAAUAAAAAUAGGUGAUGAGGCACUACAAAAGAUUAACGUCACAGGACUGCUCAUCGGCCUGGUUGCUGCUGGAGUACUGUUGGUUAUAAUUGCACUGAUUAUCUUCUACUGCUGCAAGAGCAGAUGCAAAUCAAGGCAACCACCAGGGUACUUGGGUUAUGUAAGAAGCAGAAGACGUAAUUCAGCCAACAUCUUCAGAAGGCAUGAAGAGUUUUCUUUAAACCCCCUUCCUGUCAGAACUGACGAUUCAGGACUACCCACUUACGAGCAAGCAGUCACCUCAGAUGGACAGCACAACGUGCCCCCACCCCCUUAUCCAGGGCCCCCGAGACAUGCACGGGUGUUUCAAAAGUCCAUGUCUCUUCCUGGCCCCUAGUCACAAACCUCCUUCUGGGGUGAGGGGGGACCUACUGGAACAUUGUGGCACUCAGUGCCAUGGUUUAGUUAAGGUGUUAGGGCAUGGGUUGGACUCGAUGAUCUUAGAGGUCUCUUCCAACCUGGUGAUUCUGUGAUAAGAUACUUUUGAAAAAGUGUGUGCUACCUUGCAUAUUGCAAGAUGAUUUACAAAAAUGUGAAAGAUCUUUUGGACAACUAGGAACAAGUGACGUUCCCAUUUGGGAAAAGAGGUCACCUGUUGCAAAGGCUGCAGGACCAUUCUUUGCACAAACUCACUGUGCUAAGAGGAGGGAAUGCAUAAAGAGCAAGUGUUGUACUGCUGCCCUCUUCCAUAAUGCACUUUGAGCCAUCCCAUCAAACUACUGAUGUUUCAUUAAUAGUUUCAUCUUCUUUUUCUUCAGGAGGAACAAUAUUUUAAUUGCUCAUAUUGACAACUAACCGUUUUUUGUGACUUAGUACUUCAAACCACCAUAAGAAAUCUACUUUGUUAUUUGAUAUAUUCACUUCUUUGCUGUGUGAAUUUUCUAUUCAUCUUGUAAUAGAUUCGAGUGUGAAAAUUAUUUCAUGACUUGAUCUUUCAAAUAUAUAUAUAUACAGUACUGCUACUGGA